AUGAAUUUUGACCAGAAAACUGUGAAAUUCCUGGCGAAUUUUUACAUCAAUGGAGGCCAACACUGGACCCAUGGCUCCCUGAGGCAGGGGCCACUUGUGCCAGCCCAGCCCCAGGCUAGUGUGUUCUUGUGGGGCCCCCAGCCAGAGACCGCCUGGGAGGAGACGCGGCCCCCAGGAGUGCAGGAGUUCCAGGCUGGCCUCAGGAUGCAAACGGGCUCCCUCCAGGAGCGCCCCCCUAUCUGCACCCAGAACCUGAGGGAGCUGUGGCUGGAACGACGCCCACCCAUCGUGACCGACCUGCAGGUCCCCGGCCCCGCCAAGUACCCGGUGCCGGAUGCUUCAGUGCGCGAGUCCUCCCCACAUCCCCACUUCAGCAUCGGCCGCAGGUUCCCCACCCGCGACGGCGGUGGCCGCAGGGCGUGGCAGACCUUGUGGUUCCAAAGCGAAAGCCCCUUCACGCAGAAGGCCGACUUUAACCAAGAGCAAAAGUGGCCAUCGCCCGCGGACUAUCAGCCACUCAGCCGGCCUGCCUUCCGGGCCUCCAGCUUUGGGGGCCGCCGCCCCGCCUCCAAGACACUUGAGGCCCCCGCCCGCCCGGGGCUGCCGCGGGCCGGGGGUGCGGGUUACCGUACCCAGCCCCAGCUUCAGGCCCCUCCGCAGGCCCCGGGGGGCGAGAAGCUCCCCAGCCCCAACACCUACGACAUCUUGCCUGGGUGCCGCCUGCAGAGCCCCCGCCCGCCCACCUUCUCCAUGAGCCGCUCCCCUGCGUUCGCCUCCUGGGUCAGCUCCUCCCGCAGUCCCGGCCCAGCUGCCUACUACGUGGAGGACUGCUAUAACUCACGCUUCCCCUCGGCACCUGGAGUAGUGAUCCAGGGUGUCCGGAGACCCAAGCGCCAUGACACGGGACCCUUCUGCACCCUGUAG